UCUGAAAUCUUGGUCUUUCUUCUUCUUCUUCUUGUUCUAGUUGCAGGUAACAUAUGAAAUGUGACCUACGACGGAAGAUCUCUCAUCAUCAACGGCCAAAGAAGGAUUCUCUUUUCAGGUUCUAUUCACUACCCUCGGAGUACGCCUGAGAUGUGGCCAUCUCUGAUCGGCAAAGCCAAGGAAGGAGGACUUGAUGUGAUUCAAACCUAUGUAUUUUGGAAUCUUCACGAGCCUCAACCGGGUCAGUACGAUUUCAGUGGAAGAUAUGAUCUAGUCAAGUUCAUAAAGGAAAUCCAAGCACAAGGGCUUUAUGCUUGCCUAAGGAUCGGGCCAUUCAUUGAGAGUGAAUGGACAUAUGGGGGAUUUCCAUUUUGGCUGCAUGAUGUUCCAGGCAUAGUUUACCGCACAGACAAUGAACCCUUCAAGUUUUACAUGCAGAAUUUUACUACAAAAAUAGUGAACUUGAUGAAAUCAGAGGGUUUAUACGCUUCACAAGGAGGUCCAAUCAUACUGUCGCAGGUUGAGAAUGAAUAUCAAAACGUGGAAGCAGCAUUCCACGAGAAAGGACCUGCCUACGUUCGCUGGGCGGCAAAAAUGGCAGUCGACCUUCAAACUGGUGUGCCAUGGGUGAUGUGCAAGCAAACUGAUGCUCCUGAUCCUGUGGUCAAUACCUGCAAUGGAAUGCAAUGUGGGAGAACUUUUGGAGGACCAAACUCACCUAAUAAGCCCUCUAUGUGGACAGAGAAUUGGACCUCUUUCUAUCAAGUGUAUGGCGGAGAACCAUACAUAAGGUCUGCUGAAGACAUUGCAUUUCAUGUUGCGCUCUUUAUAGCUAGAAUGAAUGGAAGCUAUGUAAACUACUACAUGUAUCAUGGUGGAACCAACUUUGGACGAACAAGCUCCGCAUAUGUCAUAACAGGCUACUACGAUCAAGCUCCUCUAGAUGAAUAUGGUUUGUUAAGGCAGCCCAAAUGGGGUCAUCUUAAGCAACUGCAUGCUGCAGUUAGAAACUGCUCGACAACUUUACUGCAGGGAGUGCGAACUAAUAUUUCUUUAGGUCAACUUCAAGAGGCCUAUGUCUUUCAAGAAGAAAGUGCUGGAAGAUGUGUUGCAUUUCUAAUAAAUAACGACGAAAAGGUUAAUGCUACUGUGCAAUUCCGAAAUAUAUCAUAUUACCUGAGGCCAAAAUCAAUCAGCAUUCUACCAGACUGUGGAAAAGUGAUUUUCAACACUGCAAAGGUGAAUACAAGCUACAACAAAAGAAUUACAAGAACAGUUCAAAUCUUUGAUUCAGUGGAUAGGUGGGAAGGGUCUAAAGAUAUAAUCCAAAACUUUGAACCUACAAUAUCUCUACAAUCGGAUACACUCCUUGAGCACAUGAACGUGACCAAAGACAAAUCUGAUUAUCUUUGGUAUACUAUGAGAUUUCAGCACAACAUUUCUUGCACUGAACCAAUACUUCAUGUAGAGUCUCUCGGACAUGUAACACAUGCUUUCGUGAAUGGCAUAUAUACAGGAAAUGCGCAUGGUAGUCAUGACACCAAGCAAUUCAUUAUGGAGAAUCCCAUUGUGUUAAAUAAUGGAAGUAACAAUAUUUCUUUGCUAAGCGUUAUGGUUGGACUACCGGACUCGGGUGCUUUUCUUGAAAGCAAAUUUGCUGGCUUGAGAAGAGUUGAAAUUCAUUGUAACGAAACCGAUCAAUUUUACAAUUUUACAAGCUAUGCAUGGGGAUACCAGGUUGGGUUACUUGGACAAAAGUUGCAAAUAUAUAGAGAAGAAAAUCUAGAUGAUUUUGAAUGGAGCAAUAUCGAAGGCUCUUUCAAUAAACCACUAACUUGGUACAAGACAUAUUUCGAUGCACCUAUGGGAAAUGAUCCAGUCACCUUUAACCUUAGCUCAAUGGCGAAGGGUGAAGCUUGGAUUAACGGACAAAGUAUUGGUCGAUAUUGGGUUUCAUUCCUUACUUCCAAAGGCAAACCAUCACAAACGAUGUACCACGUUCCUCGAUCAUUCUUAAAAGAUUCUGAAAACCUUUUAGUUCUGUUCGAAGAAGUUGGUGGCAACCCUCUUCACAUUACUUUGAAUACUGUUUCCCUUUCCCAUGUAUCUGAAAGUACUUCGUAUCAUCAAAUUCCAUAUAUAAGUUUUGAGUGA